CACCAACCAAAUCACCACAACACACAGCCCCCAGCACCACCACCUCUGAAAGUCUGCUGAGAGAGAAAGAUAGACCCCAGAAGAAGCUGUACCAUGGCCAUGGAUCCAAAAAUGGCUCGGCACUUGAUCCAAGUUGCAGUAAUUCUUUGGAUGUGUUGCAUCCUCGUCGUUGUCCAGCAGGGCUCAUCAGCCCCAGCCGCGCCUGCGCCUGCACCUGCACCACCACCAAGCACUCCUUGCAUCCCCCGAGAGCGUGAUGCCCUGCUUGUCCUCAAAGCCGGCCUCACCGAUCCGGGGGGCAACUAUCUGUCGUCUUGGCAAGCAGCGCAAGACUGCUGUCGGUGGAGUGGCGUUCAGUGCAACAACCAAACCGGCCAUGUCGUCAUGCUCCAGAUCAACAGCAAAGCUCCUGGUGCCAAUGAGUUUGUGGGAACCGUAGGAGGCGAGGUAAGCUCGUCCCUGCUUGCUUUACGGCACUUACAGGCACUGGACCUCUCAUGGAAUAACUUCGGUGGUAGACCAAUCCCAGAGUUCAUCGGUGCCAUCACAAGCUUGAGGUAUCUUGACCUCAGCUAUUCCAAUUUCGGUGGGCGAAUCCCUCCGUACCUAGGCAACCUCUCAAAUCUGCUUGAGCUUACACUAAGCAACUCAGAAGCAUCACAAAGUUUGUACUCCCCUGAUCUUGCCUGGGUGUCACGCCUCGGCAAGCUACAGUCACUCAGUAUGUAUGGGGUGAACCUCAGCACAGUCAUCGAUUGGGCUCAUGCCAUCAACAUGCUUCCAUCUCUGUCGGACCUUGAUCUAAGUUCCUGUGGACUUCAGAACAUCAUUCCUGCCCCGUCGCAUGUAAACCUCACAUCCCUUGAGUACCUCUAUCUCAGAUCCAACUCAUUUUAUUCGUCUCUCGGAGCCAAGAACUUGUUCUGGAAUCUACCGAGUCUCCAAAGCUUUUUCAUGUCUGACAGUGGAAUCCAAGGUCCUAUCCCUGAUACGAUUGGUAACUUAACCUCCCUACAGUAUUUAAAUCUUCACAAUAACAGCAUCACUGGCCCUUUGCCAUCGACCAUAGGGAACCUAAAGAAAAUACAAACCCUGCAACUAAUGAACAACUUCAUCAGCAUGGACAUAGCAGAACUACUACAUAGGUUGCCAAAGCAUGGGUUGCAAGAACUCUACUUGGAUCACAACAAUUUGACAGGGACCUUGCCAGCUCAUCUAGAGGGGUUUAGCAGUUUGACAAGUCUUUGUCUCCAAUACAAUCAUCUGUCAGGAGAGAUACCUAUUGGUAUACGGGAACUCGCAAAUCUGGAACAGCUGUGGCUAAGCUCAAAUAACCUGCAGGGUAUAAUCACUGAAGAUCACUUUACAAAUAUGUCUUCUCUACGACAUCUAUGGCUAUCUGAUAAUUCCUUGACUCUAAGGGUAGCGAACAUGUGGAACACCCCAUUCAGAUUAAUUUCAGCUGGCUUUAGCUCUUGUGUGCUAGGGCCUCGGUUUCCAGCAUGGCUCAGCAGCCAGCCAAUUAACACACUAGAUAUUUCAAACACAAGCAUAAACGAUUCCAUACCUGAUGAGUUUUGGACUGCAACUUUAAGUACUAUCAGUGUUUUGGAUUUGUCAAGAAAUCAUCUUGUUGGAAGGCUUCCCACAUAUUUCACUAGUUUGGGAAUAUCUUCAUUGGACAUCAGUUCUAACCAACUUGAUGGUCCGAUUCCUACACUUCCAGACAAUCUAUACUACUUAGACCUCUCUGAAAACAAUAUAUCAGGCACACUGCCAUCGGAUAUUGGGGCACCAAUGCUGGGAACACUCAUUCUCUUCAAUAACUCGAUUUCUGGAACCAUUCCCUGCUCCUUUGCUUCAGUUGCAACAGUUGAAAUUUCUGGACCUAUCAGAAAACCUACUAAACGGGACACUGCCCAAUUGCCUUAA